CCAUAGUAUCGCUCUCAACUGGUAUUAUCGUCGGCCCUGGCCAGUGCCCGUCUCGAUUGGACUUUGUUCAAAUCAACAAACUAUAUAAAUGUGGUACAUCAAACUCUUCUUUAAAUUCAACCAUACAGCUGCCUCCUCUUAAUCCCAUUCCUCCUCUUCCCUAUUCAAACUGUGGUGAGGUUUUCAAAGGCACCAUCUCCUUUAACUGGGUUUUCGCUCACAACAUCGACUGUCAGUGGAUACUGGUAGUACCGAGUGGAAUGGAGACUUCGCUGACGAUCCUUGUAAGCCUAGAAAACUCAGGAGGAGGUCUAUGCACAAAAGAUUACGUUCGCAUUCAUUCAAACGGUGCCUGGGGAAACAAGUAUUGCUCAGACUCUCGUAUAGAGGAAAAGUUCAGAGACACUGUCGUGAUGAUAAAAUACCACACUGAUCAUUUCAAUACUUUUAGCUAUGAGGUUUUCACUGGAAUAAGCAUUACUACAAUCACUGGAGAUAUAAACGAAUGUAGUGAGGGGAUUGAUGGUUGCUCUCACACUUGUACUAACACUUUCGGCUCUUUCUUUUGCUCCUGCCCGGAAUGGAUGUACCUAUCAUGUGACCGAAAAACAUGCAUAGAUAUUAAUGAGUGUGCUAGUGAUAAUGGAGGCUGUAAGUACUCCUGCACUAAUAUUGCAGGAAGUCAUACUUGUACUUGCCCUAGUGAUGAUGAUGAUGAUGAUUGUUGCAGUGAUGGCUAUACCCUAAAUAGUCAUGGAACAAACUGCAUACCUGUAGAUGUUAAUGAAUGUUUGAACACUUCGCUCAGUCAGUGUUCGCAGUUUUGUGUCAAUGAGUUGAACAGUUACCACUGCUUGUGUAAGAGAGGAUUCAAGCUAUCAAGUGAUGGAAAAAAUUGCUCUGAUGUGAAUGAGUGCUUGGAGUUCAUAAGGCCAGAGCAUCACUGUGCAACCUGUGUCAAUUUUGAUGGAGACUUUUUGUGUUUGUGUGCUGAUGGCUACACAUAUGGGCCAGAUCUUCACACCUGUGUUGGUAAUUUUUAAAUGUUAUAUAUCAGUAUAAUACUUGGGGCUUCCCACAGGAUUUUGUUUAUAGUGCUCCACUUCUUGUCA